AUGAGACAGCCUGCAAGGCGUGAAGCACACAUAUGUAUUCUGGCCAGUAACUGUGAUGAACCAGCAUACGUAAAACUGGUAGAAGCUCUCUGUGCUGAACAUGGCAUUAGUCUCAUCAAGGUUGAUGACAACAAAAAGCUUGGUGAAUGGGCUGGUCUGUGUAAGAUAGACAAGGAGGGCAAAGCCCGUAAAGUUGUCGGCUGCAGCUGUGUUGUAGUCAAGGACUAUGGAAAGGAAUCCCAGGCCCUUGAUGUGCUGAAUGAGUACUUCAAGUCCAACAAGUAAACCAAAUAACCGGUUGACUUAACUGCAUUGACAGGUGUCAACAGUCUACUUGAAGAUAAGAAUGAACUGUUUUCAAAUUGUCUUUCACCCAAGAAGACUGUUGCUACAUCAGGUGUUGAAAGUAGAAUGUCAUCAGUUUUUUUUGCAUUCUGUAUGAAAAAAAAUAACGAAAAAUAAACAAAUAAAAAGUG